AUGGACAAGAUAAUAAUGUAUCGACCCAAACUACCAAGUCCUCCAUACCCCUCCAAUACAUCGCACGUAGUAUAUCUUGAGAAUGAACUAAGUCGAUUUGUGCCUGUGACGCACUUGAAUCUUCAUAACCAGCCCUUGGACGUCAUGAUACGCAGUCUCACGAACUCCCGAUCGUCGUCUGAGUGUCAUCAACAACGGAUUCAGUAUCUACAAGACGAGCAAGGCAAAGACAGUAGUGACCUUAAUCAUAUGGAUGCCUUCUCUUUAACGGUUGUUAAGCGAUCCAAGACCAAUAGCGAACGUGGUCGAGCUUUCCGUGCACGUCGCAAGAAGUACGAGGACGACCUGGCGACGAUUGUAAACUCGCUACGUCAAGAGGUUGCAGAUCUUGACUUUUUGUUCAACGUACGCGCUAAUAAAGUACUGCGCAGUCGCAAUAGCAUGGGCGGUUCGCUCGUGCGACUAGUGAGAGAGUACUUUGUGCUGUUCGAGCAUGGCAUGCCGUCACUUCGAAGUGUCGGUCAAAAACGACCAGCAUUGCUUACGGAUGGACCGGAUAUAAACAGCAAUGGUGAUUUACUUGCUGCAAAGCAGGAAGCUUUCCUACAUAGCUCAAUGGACACGGAGAUGCAGUUCGGUGGAGUGAGCGGACGGGAAUAUCUACUGGAUCAGUGGAAGAGAUACACGAGCUACCACUCGAGUUUUCGUGUGGACCUUCUCAGCAUCGAAGUAUCGGGAGAAGAAAGCGACCCUAUUGUGACGGGGCGCUUGGAUCUGCGCGUAGUGUUUUCGCGCGCCACGUUUGAAAAUGUUUUUCCGCACGUGGCGGAUAACGAGGAGCUCAUGAACAAGUUUAUUGGCCGUGAAGUCAUCUACCAUGCCACGAAUCGUUUUCAUUUCUCACCAAAGGGUCAGAUCCUCAUUUACGAAAGCAACGUGGGGUUCGUUAACGCCUUGGUCCAAGCUGGAGCCAAUGUCUCGGAUAUCGCGUUGCUGAUGCAGCAGGCGCGGAUCGCGGACGAGUCUAGGCUCGUGGACGAGAGCGACAAUAACAUUGGGGCACAAGAGCUAGAGCAAGACAACCUAGACGAGAUCACGUCCGCAGAUGGUAAUAUUAGCCAUGGCACCAGUGAGAAGGUAACUGGUGUGAAUAGCAACACCGACCACAUUGAAAGUAGCGGGUCGGAUGCUGAGGAAGCGAGCUCGCAGGAGACAAGUAGUCGCUUGGCUAUUGAUUUUCUCCUAUCGUAG